CAAUACGUUUGUGGCGGACAAUGCGGGAUAUAUGGAUCCAGAGUACCUCGCGAGUGCAAAGUUAACGGAAAAAUCUGAUGUGUACUCAUUUGGUGUCAUCUUACUGGAAGUCCUCUGUGGUAGGAAACCUAUGAUUAUGACACGGGAUGAGGAUCAGGUUAAUUUAGUCCGUUGGUUCAAGACUAACAUUGAAAGGUGCACUGUUGAUCAGAUCAUUGAUCCAAAUCUAACCGACAAGAUAGCACCAGAAUGUCUGAAGGAGUAUGUCACGUUGCAGAAAAAUGUGUGCGUGAUGUGGGGAUUGAACGUCCUCCCAUGGAUGAUAUACUGAGCAGCCUCAGGUCUGCAUUGCAGCUGCAAGACAAUUGGCGAAAUGUUUAGGCUGCCCCUCAAAGGAUGGGCGCAGGAUUUGAAGGUUGGGUGGGCAAAAGUUAAAAAAACAUCGUAAGUUCGUAACAUAUAAAAGGCAAUAUUAAUUUUUACUUUUGUCAAUACAGAUAAGAAAAAUACUAUCAAAGAGAUUGUCAUAUAUAUCUUGGGUCAACGACCUAUUCAAUUACUCAAAUACGGCAAUCUAUAAUUAUAUUUGCAUACCAUUUUGCGCAUCUCUGGUCAUUGUAAAUACACUAUAGUAGUUCAAAAAACCAAAGUACUAAAAUUAACAUUAUUUUAUGAAAAGCUCUUGGUUGGGUGAGUGUUGGAUUGUUCAAAACAAUGUUGGGCAGGCGAACCGAUGUAAUUUUCAAAUUUCUGA